AUGAAAGACACCAAAAAUUUGCUAGAAGUCGUGAAGACUGUUGAGCCAGAUGGACUUAUUGGUGCCUCAACCGUUGCUGGCUCAUUUUCGGAAGAGGUCAUUACCGAAAUGGCUAGAAUCAAUGCACGGCCAAUUAUCUUCGCUCUCUCAAAUCCAACAAGUAAAGCCGAAUGCACGGCUGAAGAUGCUUACAGAAUAACUAAUGGAUCAGUAUUAUUCGCUUCGGGAUCACCAUUUGAAAACUUUGAGAUUGAUGGGAGGAUAUUCAAACCAGGACAAGGAAAUAACUCCUACAUAUUCCCUGGAGUAGCCCUCGCUGCAAUUCUAUUCAAAGCAAAGCACAUUCCCGACAAGGCAUUUUUGCUUGCUGCACGGCGUUGCUCCAAUUUCGUGUCAGAAAAAUCAUUGCAAACUUACGCACGACUAUACCCACGUUUGAAGGAUAUUCGAGAGCUCUCAGUGCAGAUAGCUAUCGAUGUUGGCGAUUAUCUGUACAAGCAUGAUCUGGCCACACUGCAUCCAGAACCAGAGAAUAAGGUAAGACGACUUUUCUUGGCUUGCUUGUGGUGACU